AUGGAACACUGGCCGGCAGUGGCCUGGGUCCUGCUGCUGAUCGUCAUCCUGGAUCUUCUGAAAGCCGCCCACACAAGAGAUUUUACUGAACAAGAGAUCAUCUUCCUCCACCCCUCAACCACUCCAUUUCCUGGUGGAUUCAAGUGCUUUACCUGUGAAGACUCAAAAGACAACUUUGAGUGUAAUCGUUGGGCACCUGAUGUGUACUGCCCAUUCGAGGCCAAAUACUGCUACACACACCACACAAUAUAUGUGGACAGAGUCAGUGUAUCUGUGACCAAACGCUGUGUGGCCCCAGAAGACUGUCUUUCCACAGGAUGCACUGAAAUGGAUCAUGAAGGAAACAAGGUGUGCAUAGCCUGCUGUGAGGGAAACAUCUGUAACCUACCAGUGCCGUGGAACGAAACAGACGCCAUAUUAACCACCACGUCACCACGCAGCAGCACUGUGGGACUUUUACAGAGCUACACACUGACUUUUUCUCUCAUCAUUGGUUCCUUCAUCAUCUCAAGUGGCAUUUGAAAAGUGAAGGCACAGUCAAGUUCAUCAAGGUACACUGGAAGGUUAUAGGCAUGUCAGUGGACCACUUGAUUUCUACUGGUUGGAUUGUACU